AUGCCGCCAAGGCUUCCACCCGAGCUGCUCCCACGCGUUCUCAGCACGGUGGACCCUGCCCAAAUUGUCGACCGGCGACUUCUUGCCAGGGUGGCCCGAUCAUCGCGAGAACUUUACGACCUAGCAAUGCUUCUGCUGUACCGGGAACUUGAGUUUGACGACCUGCGCCUUCUCGACUUCCUGGCGUGCGGGCGCCAGUUGACUCGUCGAGACCCCGAGUGGGGGCUCUUCACUGCCAAGGAGGAGAGUGAAUAUCCAGAGGAAGAGAUGGCCCUCGGUCUUCUAGCCUAG